CAGAUCCUCUUACAAUAAUGGCAAAGUCACGUUUCGAAUACGUACGAGAGUUCGAAAGAGAAAACCAUCUCUUGCCGCAGACGUACAUUGUAGUCCGAGUCGACGGCAAGGGAUUCCAUCGAUUCAGUCAGGUGUAUGAAUUCGACAAGCCUAAUGAUAUUGAAGCCAUUCGGGUAAUGAAUGAUGCAGCUCAAGAAGUAUGUCGUCAAAUUCCCGAUGUGCUUAUGGCAUAUGGUCAAUCGGAUGAAUAUUCCUUUUUGCUUCGAAAGGAUUGUCGGUUAUAUGAUAGACGAGAGAUGAAGCUCAUUACUUUAUUUCUGAGUCUUAUGACUUCUGCAUAUACUUAUUACUGGAAUGUAGCUCACCCCAAUAAUCUUAUUACUAUUGAUAAGAAAUUAGUGGUAUUUGAUGCUCGUGCCGUAGUGUAUCCUAACUUUACUGUUGUUCAAGAUUAUUUCCGAUGGAGACAAGCAGAUUGUCAUAUAAAUAAUUUAUAUAAUACUACAUUCUGGGCUUUAGUACUUAAAGGAGGACUCAGUACUAGUGAAGCAGAACAAACUCUUAGUGGGACAUUAUCAAAGGAUAAGAAUGAGAUUUUGUUUCUGAGAUUCGGUAUUAAUUAUAAUAAUGAACCAGAAAUGUUUAAGAAGGGGACAGUCAUAGUACGAGAGGUGGGUAAGAGUUUAGCGAGUGAUACUCCAGUAGAAGACUUGUCGAAUCGACAAUUACAAAGAUUGGAUAAGGUUAUGCGUAAAGCCGAGAUUAAGGUAUAUCAUCAGGAUAUCAUUACUGAUGAGGAAUUUUGGGACAGUCGGCCGUGGCUACUGAGUUAGUGGAUGUGACUUAGUGAGAAGUAGCAAGAGUUAGUGAGAAUUAGCGAGAGUUAGUGAGAAUUAUUUAGUGAGAAUUACUGAGAAUUACUGAGAAGUCUAGCGAGCACUUAGUUAGCGAGUGCGAGUCACUGACUACUAACCACUAACAAACUCAUUCUACAACUACAUAAAAACUGCUCGACUGUAUAUGUGUAUUAGCAGAUCAAAUGACCCAAUAAAUAAUUAAAUAAAUUAUAUAAAUAAAUAAAUAAAUAAAUAA